AUGGUCGCUACCAAGGUCGCAACUCUGGCCGUGCUCGUGCUCGCCGCUGCCGAUGCCGCCGUCUCCACCAUCGUCAUCACCAAGCCCGUCGCCUCCACCACUGGUCACGGCGGCAAGCGCCUAAGCGUCGAGUGGAACGACGACGGCAAGUCGCCCUCGCGCCGUGACUGGGGCCGCGUCAACAUUUACCUCGCCACCGGCUCGCGUGACGUGCAGUACAAGCUGCAGACGCUCGACACCAACGUCUCGUACGACCAGGGCCAGGCCAGAUACUCGAUCGACGCCAACGCCGGCCCCAACGGCGGCUACUACUUCCUCCGCUUCGAGGGCACCAACACCAGCGCUGCCGGCGGCAUCCCGCCCAUGGCCUUCUCCGCCCGCUUCACCCUCGACCAGAUGUCCGGCAACUUCAACUCCACCAUCAUGUCGCAGGUCUCGGGCGUCUCCGGUACCGGUCAGCUCACCGCUGCCGCUGCCACCGCCUCGGCCACCGCAUCAUCGGCCCCCUCGUUCUUCUCCUUCACCUCCACCAAGAGCGCCGCUGCCACCUCCUCCACAGCCUCCGCCGCUUCCGCACAGGCAACCAGCAUCAAGUCGUCCUCGGCUGCUGCACCCAACGCGAACAACAAGCUCGCCGGCUUCGCCAGCGCGCUUGUCGGCCUUGCUGCUGUCGGUGCCGCUUUCCUCUAG